AUGAAAUCAUCAAUCUGUAUCAAGCUAUUUGCUAUACUUGCACUUGCUCACGCAGGGUUCGCAAGUGCCCAAGAUGAUGGGAUGCCCAUCCUCACCCUCAAUGACGACGAAAGCUUCAACUUUGACAUUCUCACUGGUUUGGGUCAGAUGGCCAACGACGGUGCAGACGUCAAUCCCGUGCUCGAAGCUGCAAAGAAGAUCAAGCCCGGCGACCGUGACAGCUACGCAAAAGCUUGGUUUGAUCUUGCAAAUGAGACCAAGGCCAAGGCGUCGGACCCUGAGUACGCUUCUGAUCCGGUCAAUGUCAGGUCUACUUGGUUCUCUGCGUCCAACUACUUCCGUCGAGCAGACGUUUACAACCGGGCCGACUGGGAUGAUGCACGCAUCAACGAUUAUUGGGACGAGCAGCGAUCGGCUUUCGAUAAGGCCAUAGCUGCCUUGCCUGUCCCGGCUGAGCGUGUGGAGAUUCCUAGCGAUGAUUUCAAUGUCUCAGGUAUCUGGUAUUCGCGACUGUCCAAGGGCAAUCAGACUGAGCGCCUCCCAACUAUAAUCCUUACCCAAGGUUAUGAUGCUGCCCAGGAGGACUUGUAUUCAACCGUUGUUGCCCCGGCUUUGGCUCGUGGAUAUAAUGUCUUUUCGUUCGAAGGCCCUGGUCAGCCUACCCCACGCAGAGAACAGGCUGUUGGUUUCAUCCCAGACUGGGAACGAACCGUCACACCCGUCGUCGACUACCUUCUUUCCGAAAAAGCCGCAUUCAUCGAUACCAAGCGACUCGUCCUAUACGGCCACUCUUUUGGAGGUUAUCUCGGCGCUCGAGCCGCUGCUUUUGAGCCCCGAUUGUCGGCACUCUUGCUUAACGGUGGGGUUUGGGACGCGUAUCAAGCGUACACUGCAUAUCUGCCGUCCGACCUCCUCAAGGUGCUCGAGUCUGGUGACAAGGGGGCUUUUGAUAAGGCAAUGGAUGAGUUGUUAAAUUACCCGGAAACAUCUACGACCAUCAAAUGGGGCCUUGAGCAGGGGUUGUGGGCCUUCAAGAUGAAGUCACCUUAUGAUUUCUUCCAAUCGUUCAAGAACUACACGCUGAAGGGCGGCAUCGCGGAUCGUAUCAAGAUGCCAGUUUGGCUUGCCGAUGGAGAGUACGAGGAUCUUAUGGCAGGGCAGUCGCAGCUCGUUAAGGAUGCUUUGGGCGAAAGGGCAGAGCUCCAUAUGUUCAAUGGAACGGCUGGGUUUCACUGCCAGACUGGCGCUACGCAGGAGUUGGGCAGGGUCAUGUUUGCGUGGCUGGAUAAGACUUUGAACAAGUUGUGA